AUGAAGAUUAUCGGUGCUGUCAGCAACUCGAAAUGGGGCUGGGGUAAGGAGUCGCUCAAGAAAAUGCUUCGUCUGCUCCUGGCUCUGCAGGUUUUCGUGACCUUGACCUCCACCGAGUUGACCUUGAGUGAGGAGGCAUCCAGCACCUUCCUGCGAGAGCACAACCGGCUCCGAGCAGACGCUGUCCCCAUGUCACCCCUCCAGUGGUCAGAAGGCCUGGCCCAUUACGCCGCCUCACGCGCCAACCUGUGUAUCUACCAACACGACCCGGCCCGGAGAUACGGCGAGAACCUCUACCGAACCUCCCGGACCGUCGAUGACGUCACAGGCGCUGGGGCCGCCUCUGAAGCCUGGGGGGCGGAGCUCCAUGACGUAGACUCGCAAUGGGCAUGCGCGUACGGUCGGACGUCCAGAACGUGUGGUCACUACUCCCAGCAGGUGUGGCGGACCACGAGUCACGUGGGCUGUGCUGUCCGGCGUUGUGCAGGGGGCACGCUGGUGGUCUGUGAGUACAGCCCGCGUGGAAACGUCAUGGGCUAUGACCGCACCACAGGACGCCUGGUCUUUACACCGCCCUACUAG